UGAUAUAUUUUUAGGCCCAUAUCGCCCAUCCUUUCCUCCAACCCUAAUCUAACUUACCUAAACAAGUUAAUCGAGGUCUUUAGGAUCACUAGAAAGUAACAGGCAGGUGAGUUUGAUCAAGGUUGGAGGUAAACUCUGCAGGAAAAUGGAUCUCAUGGGCCAGAGUUGAGAACCCCUGGUUUAGAUCCUACUGUUAUGAUGAUGCUUGAGGUAAUCUGUGGGCAGGUGGCGUACUGUAGUGGUGCAGACACUACUCUGAUUACAUUUCAGGAGCAGGCACGUCAAGAGCGAUUACAAACUGUUUUAAAAAAUUUGUUGGACUGUGUGGAGGAUGCACGCCACAACCUCACCCCUACUCCUACCCCUACCCGGCCAGGGUCCAUUAGAACAGGCUCUAGUGGACCUGCUGGGCUUGUACAUACAGGGAUGACCUCAGCCUCUGGAAAGCCAAGUGAAUCUCCUGGUAUUAAUACAGGGACAAAUAGGCCUCCCCCAGCACCCACUGUCAACAAUGAAAUGCAAAGAUCAUUUCCUGGACUGUUUUUAAAAAAACAAGGAAAACGCCGUUUUCAAGAAGCAAAAUCAAUACGGACGGUCUCCAUACAGUUCUUUUUGCUCCCAGAGCAUACUGACAGAACUCCUAAGGGGGCAGAGGAGCUUAGGCUGCUCCAGGCAGGCCUUGGACGAAGGGUUGUAUCAUUGCCAGAUAAUGCUACUCAUAAAGAGAUUGUCAGUAUCCUUGAGAAGGAGUACCAUAAAAUUAAGCAACUAGCUGGCGGUUGGCUUUGCUAUAAAGCUGCAGGUAUGGAGAUUGUUGUUUGAUAUUAUAGGAAAAUACAGAUACUAAGAUUCACUACUCUAUCAUUAGUAAGUACAAUAGUAUGUCCAUUUGUUCUUCAGCAAAUGCAGGAAUAUGUCAACACAUGCAGCAUGCUGUCACCCUUUUUACUCUUUACUUCAAAUUUUGCUAUUCAGGUCCAUAUAUUGUGCUUAAUAAUAGAGUGUUUCUUUAAAAACAAGGUGGAUGCGGGCAAAGAAAACUGACGGUGGUGCCACCUGAGUCUGAGGGCUAUACAACUAAGUGUUUAAAAGCGGCAUCAAGCAAUGGAAAAAUUACAUUAUACAUUGUUC